CAGAUCUUCGAAGAGGAUGCAACUUAAAAUGCAAUAUGAUCGACACUUUCUUUUGAAGAGUGUUCAGCAACUGUGACCGGAUGUGUGUGUGGUAAUUGCCGGGCCAUUGACGUAGUUCACUUUGUUCUGUGAUCAUGGCUGCGCUGGAUCACCAGCCAUGUUUGCUCAUUUAAAACCCAAAGGUUAGUGAAUAGUUCUUGUUAAGAGUCUCCACCGCAUCAAUACUGUCCUUAAUGCCGAACCAAGGUUCCAAAAGAUGGAAGCAAAUGAUCAUUUCAACUAUGGCAGCCCCCCUUCUACAAACUCAGGACUGAAACUCUCCUCAGGGGAUUCUCAUUAUUCUAACGGUUCCUCCAUGAGUUUUUCUCAACAAGGAAAGAAUAUGAACGGCGAAAUGAAUGUGAAUGGCACCUCUACUGUAGCCGGGUCUGGUGUGGCUGGUUCCCAUCCACCAACCGCUCCUUUUCCUAAUGUGAGCAACCACCACCCAAGCAACAUGGGGUAUGACUACAGAUGGGGAGGUCACCCACAGUAUGGUCCAGCUAUGUCUCCCGGGCUUGGUGCUCACCAGAAGCAGCUUCCUCCUGGGACUGUGCAAUCUCAGCCACAGCACCAAUUUCAGGAUCGUGGACAGUACCAACUUAAUGGGGAAGGGUCCCUUCCGCCUCCUGUGACAGGUUCAGCGAACAUGUCUCUUGCCGGGAGCCAGUACUGGAACAGAAACAGUCCUGGACCACAGUCUCUCCCCUAUAAUUCCCACAGUAUGUAUGGAACCUACCAGGGUCAAACACAUCCUGUUAUUUCGUCAUCACAGCAUCACCAGCAGCAACCUCCGCAUUCGGCAGCGAACCAACUGUUGCAGCAGCACCUCCAGUCCCACCGUCAGCCACAUCAUCUACACCAGCAACAAUAUGGCAUGAUGCCGAAUGGAAUGCCGUACUACCAGCAUCAGCCGCAGCAGCCAUCUUUGCAACCAUCCACCCAGCAGCAGAUGUCAAAGCAACCCUUGCCCCUUGGACAGUCUCAGCUGAUGCACCCAGGUCCCCGAAAUUUUAGCCCUUUGUGUGACAGUCCUCUGAACCCCAGAGCAAGAGGCCCUGGCAGUCCUCUACCUGCAGUGGUGUCCUCAACAUCAUUGCUGUCAUCACCAAAUCUGCAGGAUAAGGAGUCAGCCAAAACUGAGGAUAAUAAGAGGAGUCCAAGUGCUGGAAGCUUGUCUUCUUCCUUCCCAGGCCACAACAUCAUAGACAAUAGCUACAAUGGCACGAAAAAGGCACUCGUUCCAGAGACCCUCCCAAGAAAAUCCCCCCAUUCUGAUGCCGACGUGGGACACAAGGGUGAUUUUCAUCAGUCUUUAGCUCCAUCCUUCCAAAAAGAAUUGGUCUCUCCUUUACGGGAUUCUGCAGAAACCAUUCCUCCCCUCACCAUGUUGUCCAAACCCCCUGAAGCUUCUUCUUCUUCUGUGGGUCUACCGCCCUCUUUGACUCCCAAAACAACUGCGACCAUAUCUUCCAGUGAAAUGGAACCUCAGACACAUUUACCACCACCAUCUAAUGUUUCUUCUGCAACAUCUCUACCUGCUCCUCCAAAGCUGUUCCCAACUGCCAGGGUAGAACAAGAAAUCCGACCUCUUCCUGCUUCCACCGAGAUAUCUCCUGAGGGAUCUAAGCAUCACUCCCCUCCCCUCUCAGCAAUUCCAAAGUUGCAUGCUGACGAUGUGACUCGGCCUUCAGCAGGGGUUUCAAUUCCUUCGCGGUCAUUGGAAUCAGUAGUUCACCAGAUAAAGUCAACUUUGACUCCGUCAGCAUCUGAACCCCCUUCAUUUUCUUCCCAAAGCUUCACUCCCUCUCACUCUGCCCCAAUCUCUUCUCUUCAACAAAUGGUUCAAGGGUCAAUGCCUCCUCUCAUUUCUUCCUACCGUCCAGAUGCAAAGCCGCCACAACACGGAGCCUCAAAAUUACAGCCUGGGGUGUCCCCUGGGUCCAGUAUGCUAGCAAAUGUACAUUCCUCUAAUAGCGGGCCGCCCAUGCUGAUGCCCACUUUAGGGACAACAACAAAUCUCAACUCCUAUAAAUCAACCACCGAAUUGCCGUCGGUCAAAACUCCUGUGUUUCAAUCUUCUGGCUCGGCACUCAACCCUCAGCAGCAAACUCCUCCGGCUCUUGAUUCUGGUCCUUCCUUGUCUUCUGUAGAUCCAUUGACAACCCAGACCCACUCAUCUGGAACACCCCAUGAAAGUAGUGCAAUGCAACCUCUGUCUACCCUACCUCUUAGAACCACUCAAGCCUCCAGGACUGCACCUUUGUCUGCCCCUCCUGCCUUGGUGUCAGUGACCUCUGCACUGAAGCUGCAUCCUCCUAAUGCCACUAGCUUGUCUCAACAGCCGGAGCACCAGAACAAUGGCGAGGGUUGGAAAUCUAUGACAGUUGCAACAACACACGGAUGCCUCUCUGACAUUAAUGCUGGCGCUGCAUCAACAUUGCCAGACAUUAAAUCAGCUGCGACUCAGAAUUCUGAAGUUUACAAACACAAAUCAGUUGACCUUCCCAGAUUACCCUUUUCAACCUCAACUCCUGAGCGAAGGCACCCCAACAAGGGCCAGUUUGAAAAUAUGGAUAGCGAUAAAGACAAGGACGAGACAAGUUCUUCAGAGGUCACAGCAUCGGUGGAAUCAGCGUGCUUUACGGGCAUAGAGGCAGAGCGUACCACAGCAAGUAAACAGAUGGACCACUCAUCACAUUCUGCCUCUCAGCUGGAGUACAGCUCAGCGUGUGCCGUUCCUUCGGAUCUUGACAGCAGCACCGCUCUGGAUAAAACGAUGGAGAGUGAAACCUCAUUCAAUGAUGACAGCAGCUACUUAGACAAUUCUCAAUCAAGGGACAGAACGUCUCAGUUUAACUGCACGUCAAAUGCCGAAGACGACCUCUCCACUCCUUUUGACACCACUCAAGGAAGCAAUUCCUCUGUGGAAUCCUCAGAAGAUCACAUGCUAGGAAAUGAAGCUGAAACCUCUCAGACAGGUGACAUUAUGGACACCUCUAGCAUGACUGAAGAAUCCAUGGUUGGGUCCUCUCAAACGGAAAAACAUCAAGCUGAUUCAAGCAUGCCAUUGUACCACCAAAAUCAAGAGCUUGAAGCAGAUUCAGAAUCCAAAGGGCUUGACACAACAGACUCGGCGGGGUGUAAAAAAGCACCUCUUAUUUUCAAGAUGUCCUCCUUCAAGGCCUCAGCAGACAACUCUGCUGCAGAGCCACUUCAACCUGCCGCUCAACAGAUGUUGUCGACCACUGCCGGACGUCUGAAAUCUCCAGGGAGACCGAGGAAAGUUCAAACUCCAAAUGCUGCUCCGGGUACUCCGGGGGGGCCUCAGAGAUCACCUCGCGUUCGAACCCCCAAGGUCCAGCCUGAUGAAGAUGUGAAAGAGAAAGGAGUUCGGGGGAGGAAGCGGAAGCAGUCUGCAGGUGUGAGUUCAGAUGUGAUGGAUUCCAUUUCUGCUACGAUAGAGGCAGUUCUUGCCAGCACAUCCACACUCAGCACAACACUGGAGAUUCCUCAGCAUCUGAGAAAAAUUCAAAUACACGAGAAAGGCGAAACGGUCAUCAAGUUCCCCAGACAAGAUGCCGACAGCACUGCAGAUGAUGUUGAUGACAACGAGGACAGUUAUACAACUGGUGAGCCUCACAAACGACGAGUGGCAACAGAGGAGCAGGUCAAGUUUCCGUUGAUGCAUGGCUGGCGGCGAGAGAUUCGUGUGAGGAAAACAGAGAAUCGCUUGAAAGGUGAAACAUGGUACUAUACACCAUGUGGACGAAGGAUGAAGCAGUUCCCUGAAAUAAUCAAGUACUUGAAGAAGCACCCGGAUGGUAUUGUGACCAGGGAACACUUCAGUUUCAGCCCCCGUAUGCCUGUUGGCGACUACUACAUUGAGAAAGAAACCCCAGAGGGCAUGAAGUGGUUCCUCUUGGCUAAUGAGGAGAUCCCUUCCAUGAUCAUGGCCAUCACUGGACGGCGAGGUCGACCUCCGAAUCCCGACAAGCCCCUUGCAGUUCGUCCCUUCAGAGUAGGGCCUCCGCGUCGCCCGGGCAGGCCCCCGAAACUCAAGAUGAUCGACCUGCUCAGUAAAGUUGAUGCAAAGCUGUUGAACCGACUCGAGGCCAAGGAGACGCUCACCGAAGAAGAGAAGGUGAAAAUGGCAAAAAUCAAGAAGAAAAUGAAGAAAAAGGCCAGAAUGAAGAGAAGAGAGGAUGCAAAGAUCAAGAAGAUGAAAGAGGAAAAGAAAAGAGCCAAGCUUGAGCAAGAGAUCAGACAUCUUGAACAGAAUGAUGGCUCAGUGGGUCCCAACGCCCCUGACGCUGCCUCUUUAGUUGAGCCCAAGAGGCCUGGUCGAAAGAGAUCAACUCCAGUCGAGGCCCCACCUGUCCAGCAGACAGAUGAGGAGAGGAUUGCCCAAGGGAAGAGGGUGCUGGGGGCUCGGAGUAAAGCCAAGGCCAUCGCUAAAGCCCAGGCUGACGCAGAAGCUGCUGCUCAGGCUGCACGGGCAGCCAAGAGGUCCGCGGAGAGGAGGAUGCAAGCGCAGAGACGCUUGGAGGAACGGAAGAGGCAGCAAUUGAUCACAGAAGAGCUAAGGAAGCCUGCAGAGGACAUGUGUCUCACUGACCACAAACCCUUGCCAGAGCUCUCCCGCAUCCGGGGGCUGGUCCUCUCUGGAUCUGCUUUUGCACACCUCCUGACUGUGGUCGAAUUUCUCCAUGGUUAUGGAAAAUUGAUAGGUCUUAAUGUGCCAAAGGACAUCCCAGGUCUAGCUACUCUACAGGAGGGCCUUCUUGGCUUGGGGGACAGCCAGGGUGAGGUCCUCGACCUCCUGAUCAAGCUAAUGGAUGCUGCACUGCAUGACCCUGGUCUACCAUCCUUUUAUCAAUCGGUGAAGAUCCUGGGCGACAAGCUGGCUGACCUGCAGCUGACCCGCAGCACUGUUUCAGAAGUUCUUCGGAUCUUUCUGGAGUCUUACGGUUUUGAAAGCGAGGUGUGCAACACACUGAGAACCAAACCCUUCCACGCUCUGAAUCCUGACACCAAGGCAGCCAUCUUGGCAUUCGUGGUGGAUGAACUGAACAGUUGCAACAUUGUGACAAAUGACAUUGACAACACAAUGGAAAACAUGUCAACCUACAGGAAAAACAAGUGGGUCAUUGAGGGGAAACUUCGCAAACUGAAGGCAGCUCUUGCAAGACGCACUGGACGAUCAGAGGAAGAGCUGUGCUUUGAGGAGAGGCGGCGCAGUGCACGAGUGGCUGAAGAGGAGAACCUCAACCUGGAGGAGAGUGGAGUCUUGCUGGAGAGGAGCAGCCGGCGUUCACGUAAAGAAGAGCCCAAAAUUAGUGACAAUGAGAGCCCCACUACUGCGAGCAUUCCAGAGCUAGAGAGACAGAUCGAUAAAUUAACAAAGCGCCAAGCUUUUUUCCGCAAAAAGCUGCAGCAGUCUUCUCACUCCAUGCGAGCGAUUAUGUUGGGUCAGGACCGUUACCGCCGCAGAUACCUGGCUCUACCUCAUCUCGGAGGGGUUCUGGUCGAGGGACCGGAGGAGCUCCUGACGUCAGAAGACGUGCUGGUGGCUGAUGUCCCUGUCACCUUCUUUAAAAAGGAGGUCAAAACAGAGGAAUCUCCAAUAACUACCUCCCCACCUUUGACGCAACCUUCCUCACCGUCUUCUGCUGCCCAUGUAAAAGCCCAGUUCUCUGAAGACGACGAUCCGCUCCCUGGCACUGCCUCCCUCAUGAGCAGGCCGAGAGGACGAGGACGACCCCGAAAAAUUAAACCAGAAGUGGAGCUGCACCUCCGUACCGCAAAGAUCCGCCGUCGCCGCAGAAGCAGCAUCAGAUCGGGGGCUGCAGAUGCGCCACAGUCUCCGGACAAUUGUUCGCUCGACCUCAUGCAGACCUCCAUUCAGGAUUGGAAUGCCCAGUCAGAGGAUGCCAUGACCAUUGGCGCCGCGACCGAUCCGUCUGAUCCUGCUGCUCAACCAGACGAGAGUGUGAAGGAGAUGGCUGAGAAACGAGGCCAGUGGUUCAACCUGCUGCCAAAAGAACCAUGUGAUGACAGUUCGCUUUCAGAAUCGCAGGCACCUUCAUCGCCACCUAAACUCCUCCCUCAGGUCUCAAGUCCUCCAUCUGUGGUCGAUGAUCCACAAGUGCAGACGGAUCUUCUCUUACCUCCUACCGGUCUGGAAUCCACUGACCCGGCCAUUCAAGCGGUGCCAGGAAACGAUAGCACAGCAUCGCAGGAUGUGGUGACCGACCAGCAGGACGUUCCAAUGGCAGAACCGGCGCUUCCUUCUAUGCAGCAUAAUGUUUCCACACCACCUGCGACCCCCGCCUGUCCUCAGUCCGCACCCCCUGUUCUUCUCCCGGCCACCAAUCCAGUCCGCACACCAGUCACUCCGAACCGACCGGGUCGCAGACGCCGCCGCGGGAGUAGAGGCAGCAGUCCGGCACGUAGAGGUCCGCGAGGACCCGCUGCCAAACGCAGGGGGCGUCCUCCCAACUCCAUGUUCCAGGAGCUUGAGCAGCAGUACUUCACUCAGAUGGUGGUCAAGCCCAUUCCAACAUCGAUGGUGCGUGGCUGGUGGUGGAUCAGUGAUCCAGAGGAACUUUACAGCACCUUGCAAGCGUUACAUCCGCGAGGCAUCAGAGAGAAAGUUCUUCACAAGCAUUUGGCAAAACACAUGGAGAGUCUGGCUGAAAUGUGCAAAAAAUCCAUUAAUGACUCCAUAUUUGAUCUGAAGGAGGAAGCAAAGGAUGGUCUCCUGGAAGUUCUGCAGCAACCCUGGCAAGUGCAAGACAAAGCAAUGGAGACGGACAUCGACGCCCUCAAGUGGGUGGAGGACUUAGAACAGCGUGUGCUUGCUGCCGACCUCCAGCUCAAGGCCCCUCCUCAGAGUGCAGGAAAUGAUGCAGAGUCAAACACUGAGACGCCAAUAGCAGAAUUUCUGGCCUACACUGUCCCGGAUCCGGACUCGUCCCGUGACGACCUACAGUACUACGAGCACGACGCCGACCCUAGGGACGAUUGGAUCGUCCGGACGAAGAAGGAGUGGUCCGGCCUUCCUCGGAUAGCCACGCACCCGUUAGACUUGGCGGUGUUGCGGCUGGCCAACUUGGAGCGCAACAUCGAGAGGCGCUACCUGAAGGAGCCGCUGUGGAACCCUGCUGAGGUGAUGAAGCUCGCACCCCUCACCCCGACCCCGGGAGAGGAAGAGAUGCCCAUGGAUGCCAGCUGCCUGGAAAGUGAGAUCACUUCCAGACUGCGGACGUGGCGGCAGGCUCUGGAUCGGGUUCGAAGUGCUCCGCAGGUGUGUUUGUGUUUAGCCCAGCUGGAGAGGGCCAUCGCCUGGGAGAGAUCUGUGACCAAAGUGACGUGCCAGGUGUGUCGGAAGGGAGACAACGACGACUGUCUGCUGCUGUGCGACGGAUGCGAUCGAGGAUGUCACAUGUACUGUUUGAAGCCCAAGAUCACCCGGGUGCCUGAGGGAGACUGGUUCUGUCCACACUGUGUUGCUAAGGAGGAAAGUGACUCGCCCCGCUCGUCCAAAAAGCGCACCAGGGUAAAAAGGAAGCGGUAUGAAGAGGGGAGCUCGGACGAAGACAUGCCGCCCCGCCGCACUGCUGCCAUGGCGACGCGACACAAGGAGCCUGCAAGCUCCUCCUCGUCCCCGCGCUCCUCUGGGGAUGCAGGUGCUGCUAAAAGACGACGCAUGACCACCCGCAACCAGCCUGACCUCACCUUCUGCGAGAUCAUUCUCAUGGAGAUGGAGGCGCAUGCAGACGCAUGGCCCUUCCUUGAACCUGUAAACCCCAGACUGGUGCCUGGCUACCGUCGCAUUAUCAAGAACCCCAUGGACUUCCUCACCAUGAGGGAACGGCUACUGCAGGGAGGAUAUUGCAGCCACGAAGAGUUCGCCGCCGAUGCUCAGUUGGUCUUCAACAAUUGCGAGCUUUUCAACGAGGACACUUCUGAGGUGGGUGUGGCAGGACACUCCAUGAGGCGCUUUUUCGAGAGCCGCUGGGCCGAGUUCUACUCCAACAAGGACAAAUAGAAGCCUUCAACAUUCCGCCUGAUGGUGGGACUACAGACUGUCGGUGCUCUCCCUCACCCUGUCUCACCCUCCACUUUAAGACUGACUGGAGUCGUUCCAGGGUAUUCGCUAAUGUACAUAUAUAUAAAUAUAUAUAUGUGUAUAGAUUUGGCUAUUUGUCUGUUAAUGUUUAGUCCACCGGCCUGAACUUUAAAAGGCCGACAGCUGAAGUGACUUGAACCAUUCCGGGAACACGUCUCCGUUCACCUCCCAAAGCUCAUGUUGUGCAUCAAAUCUUCCCUUCCCUUGUACGUUCCCCCGUCACCAGCUCUCCAUCGUAGCAUCGCCUUCGCUUAAGGCCUUGAAUAUUUCGGCUUUUGGAUCGAAUUGUACUGGACCUGCUUAGCAACACCCAUAGACUAAAAUGGAUCCAAACUGUUCUCGGACCAUUUUCGACCCGGUUUUAUGAAAAUGUAAUGUAAUGUGGUCUUACGCCUAGAACUUUUUUUUUUCUUCCGCUCAAUAUAUUUUUAUUAUAUAUUCUAUAUAAAACUAUAUAUACAGACUUCAAUAGCUGGGAUUAUUUAAUAGCAAUAGCUCGUAGUGACUGUGUACAGACGACCUUAUAGCAAUGUCUUGAUCACAUAUGAGGCCAGUUCAGUUUAAAGGAAUCUGUUUUUUGGAUUGAUGUUGUAUGAUAACCUCCAGUCUUGCACGCACACACGCACUGUUUCUCACUCACACAUACACACACAGGUAUACACUGCUGCUGUGUGAAGUACACUGAAACUGGAAGACUUGUUCUUAGACGUGAGUAAUCAGCUGUAAAUGUGUCAGCACAAAUUCUAUAAAAUCAGUAAACUAGUUUUGCAUAGUUCACCGGUUUGCUUUUCAAUUGUCGCGGAUCACCAACUCUGGACUGGCGUCAUGGCGACGUCAAGUCCUCGGAGCCGCUUAUACAUUCAGAAAGCUGGCACUUCUGUCUGUACCACAUUCCUUUGGUUUUUACCCUUCUUUCAUGUCGCCGGGGAGCGAUCACACAGCGGUGUGCGCGUGGCUUGAUGCUCUCUGAAGGCAGCGGGGCGACCCCCCUCAUUCUUGGUUUUUAUUUAAACUUGUUUCUUACACUGAAAACUAAUUGGUGGAUCGCACCGAAAACCGAACCCCAACCAACGACGUUCCUUCAGACACCUAAAGGGACGAGACCAGACAAAAGAAGAAAAAAAGAAAAAAACAACCAAAUGUGGUGUUCAGUGGUGAGUUUUUACAAUGUACAGUUUGGUGAUUUAAAAUUUUGUUCAUUUAUAUUUUUAGGACCAAUUCAUUAUUUUCCAGCAGAGUCGUUCCGGGACUCUGUUGUGUUAAGGUGAUGUAACACGUGUGCAUCUGUAGAAUGUACUGUGAGUUGAAUUAAAAACACAUCUAGGA